CUCAACGCGAUCGUGUCGUAAAAGCCCGAAGUCACAACUGUAUAUACACAGUCGCGAGGAAAAAUCGUGUCCGUCCGUGCGUGCGUGCGUGCCCCCCGUUGAAAAAUGGUGAUUAAAACAAGUUUGAUACUGCUCUACAAGGCGAUACUGGCACUGAGCAGCUCGAAGGUGGACGUGUUCGGGCUCGGCGAUCACGGUGAUCUGCCGGCCGUGCUGAGGUCGCUGAGCAACCACGAGCUCAACUCGAUGCUGAUCCUGGCCUGCCAGGAGGGCCACGAGUUCGUCGUCGGCUUCAUCCAGGUCUGCCGUAUCAAGAUACGCGGCUUGCCGAGGGCGUGUCGCACGGCGAUCCACGAGGCGGCCAAGUCGCGCCAGGUCCAGAUCUUCAACAGGCUCUGCCACAUCUACGACGCGCGGGUGAAUCAUCGGGAGACCCAGGGCGACUUCACGCACCUGCGGGCGGCCUGCAGGAUGGGCCACGUGGGCCUGGUCGAGCAGCUGCUCGGCACCGGCCGCGACAAGUACCGGGAGGAUCUGAGCCACGUGCUGUCGAGCGUCACCAUCGGGCCGGCGCCCCAGCAGCUCGAUACCCGGGUGCUGGAUCUGCUGCUGUGCCACGGCGCUCGAGCGGAUGUGGCCGACGGCGCGGGCGCCACGCUGUUGGCGCGCCUCUGCCGCCAGUUGGCCACGAAUCUGAACGUGGCCCAGGACGACAAGGUCGACGAUCAUCUCGAGAUGAUCCGCCUGCUGCUGAGGCACGGGGCCGACGCGAACGCCAUCGAUCGGCACGGCGUGUCCCCCGCGCAGCAGCUCUAUCGCUACGGCAUCAUGGCGCCGGAGCUGCAGCUCGGGGCGCUCCGCCUACUACUCGAGGCCGGGGCGGACACGCGACACCGCGACAAUCGACGGGAGACGCUGGUCCAUUACGCGCUGCGUAGACAUCAUCUGCGCCGCCUGCACGGCCCCGUGUUCGAUCCACCGAGGCACACCUGGAACGUGCAGCAGGUGCUGCGGAUGCUCGUCAUGGGCGAGCACAGCGCCGAGCUGCUCGAGGCCUGCAACGAGGAGGGCCACACGCCCCUCGGUCUCGCCGUGUCCCACUGCGACCUGGACGCCGUGGAGACGCUGCUCGAGUUGGGCGCCGAUCCGCGCCGGGUGAGCUUCGAGGGCAACUUUUUGGAGCCGAUCAACGAGAUUCUGAGGAAUUUGGAGCUGGCCCAGAAUCUGCUGGCGAUAAUCGAGCUGCUGAAGGCGAAGGGAUUCGUGAUGAAGGAGAGGCACGAGGCCAGGGUGUUGAAGUUCCUGCUGGGAUUCGAGACGACGCGGCCAUACUUCGACACGGCCUACGUCAUAGCUUUAGCGUCGAACGCGACGACGAUAAAGAACCACUGCGCAAUGGCCAAGAGGCGCGGCAACUCGGUGCUCCGCGCCAUCGGCAAUCAUCUGAGAAUCGUCCAUCUCGGCAAUAUGUACAUAAGCCAGGGCGUCAAGAAGUGCCUGCUCAACAUGUCGCUGGGCGCGAACAAGAAGGAUGAUAAUUCGAGCGCCGUGGAAGAGGAGAAGACGAAGACGACGAGCAAGCUGCCGAAGUCGAGGAAUAAUCGUCCGUGCGGCCGAAUCCACGCCGAGGCGCAGAUCCUCGAGGAGUUGGCGCGAGCGCGCGGAACGAUGAUCAAGGAGUCGGUGUCGCUGCUGGACGUAUGCACCUGUCCGCCCGAUGAGGCCUACCGGCUGCUGGAGAACUCGUGCUGGGAGAGAUGGUUGGCCAACGCGGGCGCCUUCGACAGCCACUUCAGAUGCAUCGGACCCACGAUCAAGGGCUACAUCGCGCGAGCACUGGCGAGGAGAUACUUGGACGGGCUGAAGCCCGAGGUGGCCGCCAUGGCCCUGGCAGAGGAGUAUUUCUGAUUUUUACGUAUAUUAUUUGUACGUAUUUUAUACGAACGCUCGAUUGUACACUUUGUGAUUGUGAUGUGUAAUUUUAAACGUUCUGUAACGAUAUGAUCUUUUUUACUUGUGAAUAAAAAUUACGCGGUUCGAUAA